AUGAGCAACGACUGUGCAAGCCCGAGCUUUGGCCAAAUUUGUUGGCUCGAAUUGGCUGUCUACGACAUCAAGCGAGCUUCUAAGCUCUACUCCGAGGUAUUUGGUUGGAAGAUCGAUGAAAAACCUAUGCCAGUGAGCCGCGAUGGCAUUGACACAAUGCACAUGUUUGAGUCCCCAGAAAAGAAGCUUGGUGGUGGAUUUCUCGUCAUGCAGGAAGGUUAUCAGAUGACUCGAUAUGGCAAGCUUGAGAAGGAGGUUCUGCCACCUCUACCAACCUUUUGCGUCAAGGAAUGCAACGAAACUUUGAAGCAGGUGGAGGAACUCGGCGGUAGCGUCCAGUGCCCCAAGACGGAGAUUCCCAACGGCAUGGGUCAUUAUGCUCGCUUUAACGACAGUGAAGGGAACAUCAUUGGAAUCUGGUCGCAGAACUAA